ACCUCUCCUCCUCUGACUCUCUCUCUCUCUCUCUCUCUCUCUCUCUGAAAAGGUCCAUUUGAAAUCCUCACAUUGUUUCCGUCUCCUUGCAAUUUAUCUUUCUUCUGAAUAUAUAUAUAUAUACGUAUAUAUAUCUAGAGAGAGAGAGAGAGAGAGAGAAUUGGAGAAGAUUGAACAUACACUGUUGUUGAUCAAGAUCAAGAAUCAAGAUUUAGCUAUGGAGAAACCAGCAAGCAAGGCCAAGAACAAGUUCUUGAAGCUGCUACCCAAAGCAGUUGCAGCCGUCAAUUUCCAGAACCAUCCUUUCAGCCCAACCAGGGACAAGAGACAAGAUCACGUCGCAAACAGGCUCAAGACCCACUUCGGGAAAGGGUUUUCCGGCCCCAUCAUAUCGAUCAUUCCGGCGGAAGCUCGCCGGAAGCCCAAGAACUCCGGCUUCGAAGCCCAGGAACCCACUUCGCCGAAGGUCUCCUGCAUGGGCCAGAUCAAGCAUAAGAAGAAGAAGAAGAUCAAGAAAGAUAAGCACGUGCCUCUGCCUAAAGAUUGCAAGCCCGUCGAUUCGAAGAAGAAGCUGAUGAAGUUUCCGAGUUUUUUCGCCGGAGGGAAGCCGCCGGCCGCGAGAACGAAAUCGGUUCCUUCUGGGGAUAACAGCGCCUCCUUGUCGGAUAAUAGAGCGCCGCCAUUGGGGCAGAUGAGGCGGUUCGCGAGCGGCCGUGAAUCGCUGGGCGGCUUUGAUUGGACGGCUCAGGUUGCUCCGGAGGAGGGGGACCACCGGGAGAGUUCUUCCGACGAAGAGAGUGAAGGAGAAGAGAGGGAGGUCAUUAUUCCUUUCUCUGCACCAAUCCUAAUCGGCGGCCCCGGCCCCUGCUCCGGCGCCGGAGAUGGAGUGGCUUUGGAGCCAAGGAAAGAGAUCAAUCUAUGGAAGAGAAGAACCAUGGCCCAACCAAGGCCUCUUCAACUUCGCCAUUAAUUAAAGUUUCCUGCUUUAAGAUCUCUUCUUUUUGCUUUAAGAUCAUUUCUAUGGUUUAGAAACAGAUUUUUCCUUUUCUUUUUUUUGUUCAAUAUUCAUAGUAAUCUCUUGUGAUUGUAAUUUUCUCUUCCUUUUUUCCUAUCUUCCCCAAAUCCACAGCUGUGAUUGUAAAUGAGAUGGUGGGUCGUAGAUGUUGUUCUUGUUCUUGAUAUACUACACAACUUUUCUUGUUUAA